UCCAAGACCAACUUCUCCAACAACAAUGAUUUUCGGGCUCUUCUGCAGUCUCUUUAUGCCACAUUCAAGGAAUUUAAAAUGCAUGAGCAGAUUGAAAAUGAGUGUAUCAUUGGUUUACUUCAGCAACGUAGCCGGACAGUGUACAAUGUGCACUCGGACAACAAACUAUCAGAGAUGCUCAGCCUCUUUGAGAAAGGGUUGAAGAAUGUAAAGAAUGAAUAUGAACAGCUGAACUAUGCGAAACAGCUGAAGGAGAGACUGGAAGCCUUUACCAGGGAUUUCCUUCCUCAUAUGAAAGAGGAAGAGGAGGUUUUUCAGCCAAUGUUGAUGGAAUACUUUACUUAUGAAGAAUUGAAAGAUAUUAAGAAGAAGGUGAUUGCACAGCACUGCACACAGAAGGAGGCUGCAGAAUUCAGAGGUCUUAGUAAAUGGAAUCAAGCAGAAGAGCUUCAGAAGGUCUUUAAGUAUUCUGUGGACGAGAAGGCGGAUCAAGAAACUGAAGUAACAGAGCACACCACAAAUAUUACUAACCUUCCUCCUGAAGUAAUGCUGACCAUUUUCAGUUACCUUAACCCCCAAGAGUUAUGUCAGUGCAGUCAAGUGAGCACUGAAUGGUCACAGCUGACUAAAACUGGAUCUCUCUGGAAACAUCUUUAUCCUGUUCGCUGGGCCAGAGGUGAUUGGUACAGUGGUCCUGCAGCAGAACUUGAGGCAGAACCUGAUGAAGAAUGGGUGAAAAACAGAAAAGAUGAAAGUCGUGCUUUCCAAGAAUGGGAUGAAGAUGCUGACAUAGAUGAGUCCGAAGAAGCAGCUGAAGAUUCACUUGCCAUUAAUAUAGCACAAAUGGAAAAACAUUUACUUCAUGGCUUAAUUCAUAAUGUUCUCCCACAUGUAGGCUCCUCAGUGAAGACAUUAGUAUUGGCCUACAGUUCUGCAGUGUCCAGCAAAAUGGUUAGACAGAUCUUGGAGCUUUGCCCAAACUUGGAAUAUUUGGAUCUCACUCAAACUGAUAUUUCAGACUCUGCAUUUGAAAGUUGGUUGUCAAUUGGUUGUUGCCAGAAUCUCCGCCACCUUGAUCUGUCUGGAUGUGAAAAAAUCACAGAUGUGGCUAUAGAGAGGCUUUCCAGAGCACUGGGUAUCCUGUCAACUCACCAUACCAGAGGUAUUCUGAAAAGCUGGAGAAACAGGAAAGCCAAGACUUUGUGGAAAAACAGACAGAUUACUCUGCAGUCCAACAAGAAGUAUAAUUGUUUGCAUGAGAUCAACAAUGAAAACCUCAUUGAGGCAGGAAAUGGUGAGCAGCAUUGGACUAAACCCGAUGGCUCAGAAAGCUUCAGUUCUGCGUAUGUGUGGAUGCUAGAUGCAGAUGAUUUAGCUGACAUUGAAGAUGCUGCAGAGUGGAGACAUAGAAAUGUUGAAGGAUUUUGUCUUAUGGAACCAACAUCCCAUAUUACUUGUUCAGCAUCUUGCUACAGUAGAGACAUUUAUGGAUUAAGGACUAGAGGGUGGCAGCAGCACUGUGCUUCUACUGACUUGAUUUACUGCGGUCACUCAUUCUGUUGUGCUGGGACAGCACUAAGAACUAUUCAGGCACUUCCAGAGUCCUCUGCACUGUGUAAAAAACCAACAAGGACUAAGCAGUCAGAGAAAAAAGACUCUGCAUACUCUGGGAGUGAAAAAACAGAUGAAGAGACUGCACGAGUUCUUCAGUUUCUCAGUCUGUCUGGGUGUUACCAGAUCACAGACCGUGCUCUCAGGGCAUUGACUCUGGGAGGAGGACUUCCACAUCUGGAACACCUUAACCUCUCGGGUUGUCUCACUGUAACUGGUGCAGGCCUGCAGGAUUUAGUUUCUGCAUGUCCUUCUCUAAACGAUGAACACUUUUACUACUGUGACAACAUUAACGGUCCUCAUGCUGAAACCGCCAGUGGAUGCCAGAAUUUGCAGUGUGGUUUUCGGGCCUGCUGCCGCUCUGGUGAAUGACCUCUGACUUCUGCUCUUUCAGUCUCCUUCAUUUAGCUGAGCAGGCUUCCUUUCAUGCACUUUACUUACAGUUUGCAUCUUGUGUUAACAAUCCUUGGAGAGAGAUCUGUUAUACUAGCCUGACCCUGCCCACAACUUCCAAAUCUUAAUUAUGAGUGUACUGUACAGUGUUGUAACAAUCUCACAAAAUCUCAUUUGGUUUGAAGGGUGUUGAGUUUUGUUCUUAAUUUGGGGAAGAUGGGAAAACAUCCAAAUUUUUUUUUUAAAUGCCACUUUCUUUUAAGUUUGGCACUUAAAUAUACUUUACGGGAUUAUUUUGUGUUAAGUGAAUGGGUUUUUUAUUUGGAAUCCAUAAGUACAAUAUAAAGCUCUGCAGAGAAUUUUAAAUGUAUUGUUUGCAUUUGGGUAACAAUUCUACAUCUUUAGGAACCUUGUUUCUUCCCCUUUCCCCUUAUCCUGAAGUAAUUCUUCAUAUUGCAAAAUUAGGGAAAUUCCCACCUUCCUUUUGCAUUUGGUUUUGUAUUUGGGCUUGAAAGACAUACUUAAAUAAAACAUUCCCACCAAUAAAAAA